AAAGCAUUGCAAUGUAUCGCAACAUGCGUCGUAUUGUAUAUGUAUUGUGAUACGUAUCGUAUCGUGAGGCCCUUGUCAAUACCCAGCCCUACCGGACAGGCAUUAUGAUUGUGUAUCGUGAUGUAUCGUUACACCCCUAUGUUUUAGUCUCUUGAAUUAUGUGUUCACACCAGGAGCGAAUGAAGCGAUAAACGCGAGUGAUUUACAUGUUCAGCCAAUGCAAAGACAUGACAGACAUCCUGCGGCGCGAUUUGUGCGAAUGAGUUGCGAGAAUUGAGCAUUUCGGGCGUUUGACGAAUUGAAAAAUCUGAACUUUGGCGGAUAUUCGCACCACGGUAAACAAUCAGGAGCUUGCCCAAGUAGUGACGUGAUUACGAUGUAGCGAGCAGAAGCAGAAAUACGUAACAACAAUAGAGGACAAAAUCUUUGUUGCUGUAUGUGGACAUCCGGAGCUGUACGACACAUCUUCGUUAUUUUAUAGAAACGGGAAAAAAAGGAUCUAGCUUGGAAGAAAUACACAUUUUAAGACUACAAGGUAGCUAAAGUCAGCAAAUUGAGAAUAUUCGCAUCUGAAUUCCACGCGCAAAUGAAGCGAGUUAACUCAAAAUGUUCAAGCGUCCAACUACUUCAUUCACAGUUGGUGUGAACGCACAGUAAAGGGGGGCCUAUUAUGCUAAAUUCACUUUAUAAGGUGUUUGAACACUGAUGUGUGUCCACAUUGUGUUUAAACAACCACCCUAUAAUGUUUAAAAUCCACCCAGAAGCUGUGUCUUAAAACAAACCAUUUUAGAUUCUCCUCUACGAUGACAUUAACAAAUGAAGAAGCCCCGCGCACAAUCUGUGACACUUCUGUUCAGUUAGUAUAGAUACAACCCUGAGUGAGAAGCACAGAGUUCAUCGUUGUUGUAUCUUCCCCAUACCAGUAUUACAAUGUCUGUGCCAGAGAGGAAUUACAGAUGUAAUUCUGGAUAUUCAACAAGGUUGAUUCUGGAGAAGGUUCCUGCUCAAACCUUAAAAUCAGAACAAUUCCAGGAUGUAUCUGGUAUCUCUGUCUGUGGCUUCACUGAUCAGACAUCUACAGAGCUUCUGGUUUCUGUCUGCAAUGGAGAAGAACAAAAGACAUCAGUAAAUCUGCUGGACUGUGGGAUGAAGCUAAAACAAGAAAUCACAGAAGGAGAACAGACAGAUAAAGAGGAGUUGAUUUAUCCUGAUCUGACGAAGGAUGAUAGUUCACGGUCGAACGAAAUCAAGGAGAAACCUCAUAAUUUUAAACCUGAAGAAGACCGAAGCCGCUUGAAGACCGAAGCGAUUUCGUCAGACGAAGAUUCUUGUACGUGCUCUCGGUGUGGAAAAAUCUUCAAUCGCCAAUCCGAACUUGAUGCGCACAUGCAAAUUCACACUGGGAAAGACAGUUGUGAUCAGUGUGGAAAGACCUUCACGUGUAAGUCCAGCCUUAACAUACACAUGCGAAUUCACAGUGGAGAAAAGCCCUACAGUUGUGACCAGUGUGAAAAGAGCUUCAAUCAUAAGGACAGCCUUGAUGCACACAUGCGAAUUCACAGUGGAUUAAAACCUCACGUAUGUGACCAAUGUGGAAAGUCCUUCACUUAUAAGUCCGACCUUAAUGAUCACAUGAGAAUUCACACUGGAAAAGCACCUUACGGUUGUGACCAGUGUAAAAAGAGCUUCACAUAUAAGCGCACCCUUAACGCGCACAUGCGAAUUCACACUGGAAUAAAACCUUACAGCUGUGACCAGUGUGAGAAGAGCUUCACUUAUAAGCGCACUCUCAACGUGCACAUGCAAAUUCACACGGGAAUAAAGCUUUACAGUUGUGACCAGUGUGAAAAGAGCUUCACUUUUGAGUACGACCUUGACGUGCACAGGAAAAUUCACGUUUACAGAUGCGAUGAGUGCGGAAAGAUUUUCGUUAAUACGUUCGACCUUGCCGCGCACAGGAGAACUCACGCUGUAGAAAGGCCUUACGCGUGCGACGAGUGCGGAAAGUGUUUCGUUCGUAAGUUCAGCCUUAAUGCGCACAUGCGAUUUCACACUGGAAUAAAGCCGUACAGAUGUUACGAGUGCGGAAAGAGCUUCACUCGUAAGUUCAGCCUCGAUGCACACUUGCGAUUUCACACCGGAGUAAAGCCUUUCGUGUGUGACCAUUGCGGAAGGAGCUUCACUUUCCCGUCCGACCUUAACGUGCACAAGAGAAUUCACACCGGAGAAAAGCCGUACAGUUGUGACCAGUGCGGAAGGCGCUUCACCCGUAAGUCCGGCCUUGAUUCGCACAUGCGAAUUCACUGUGAAGAAAAGCCUUACCGUUGUGAUGAGUGUGGACAGAGCUUCACUAUUAAGUCGAGCCUUGCUAGGCACAGGAGAAUUCACACUGGAGAAUAGCAGAUUUUGUCUUUCCAUCGAUCUAUCUCUUCUAUAUACAUGAUUUGUGGAGGUUUAGCUAGCUUUUAGUGUUGCUAAUAAUAUAAUUUAGGCCAUUUGAAGUCACCAUUAUAGUGACGAGUGCUUCAUUUGGGGUUUAAAUCCUAGGUGAAGUCUCCCUGUCUAGAUCAUUGUAAUGUGUUGGUUUUUAACUCUUUCCCCGCCAUUGACGAGUUAUCUCGUCAAUUAAGAGAAAACGCUUCCCUGCCAAUGGCGAGAAUUUCCGGCUUUCCACAAUACCGCUAUUACACUUCCGCAACUUUUACAACCCGGAAGAAACGCCUCGCGUGAAAGAGAAAGAACUCCGU